CCCGGGGCCCCGACGGCGCCGACCGCGUGCUGGAGCUCUUCGACCCGCCCAAGAGUUCCAAGCCCAAGCUACAAGCAGCCUGUUCCAGCAUCCAGGAAGUCCGGCGGUGUACACGCCUCGAGAUGCCCGACAACCUCUAUACUUUUGUGCUGAAGGUGAAGGACCGGACAGACAUCAUCUUUGAGGUGGGAGAUGAGCAACAGCUGAAUUCGUGGAUGGCUGAGCUCCGGGAGCACACAGGCCAAGGGCUGGAAAACACAGACCCAGAGAUGCAUAUUCCCUCAGCCCUAGAGCCCAGCACACCCAACUCUCCAAGGGGAAGCACAGAUUCCCUGAACCAAGGUGCUUCUCCUGGGGGUUUGUUGGACCCAGCCUGCCAGAAAACGGAUCACUUCCUGUCCUGCUACCCCUGGUUCCAUGGCCCCAUCUCCCGAGUGAAGGCAGCUCAGCUGGUUCAGCUGCAGGGCCCUGACGCUCACGGAGUGUUCCUGGUACGGCAGAGUGAGACUCGGCGUGGGGAGUAUGUGCUCACAUUCAACUUUCAGGGCAUAGCCAAGCACCUGCGCCUGUCGCUGACGGAGCGGGGCCAGUGCCGAGUGCAGCAUCUCCACUUCCCCUCGGUCGUGGACAUGCUGCACCACUUCCAGCGCUCACCCAUCCCACUCGAGUGUGGGGCUGCCUGUGACGUCCGGCUGUCCAGCUACGUGGUAGUCGUCUCCCAGCCACCAGGUUCCUCCAACACUGUCCUGUUCCCUUUCUCCCUCUCUCGCUGGGAUUCAGAGCUGGGCCUUCCCCACCUUAGCUCUUCCGGCUGUCCGCGAGGGCUCAGCCCAGAGGGUCUCCCAGGCCGAUCCUCUCCCCCAGAGCAGAUCUUCCACCUGGUGCCUUCGCCCGAGGAACUGGCCAACAGCCUGCGGCACCUCGAGCCCGAGCCUGCCAGUCGAGCCCGGGACUCAGAUUACGAAAUGGACGCCUCCUCCCGGAGCCACCUGCGGGCCAUAGACAAUCAGUACACACCUCUCUGACAGGUGGUGAGGAAGCCCAGGCCUAACAGACGCCCUCGAGGAGCACAAGCAAGCAGAGAUGGGAACUUAUGAAUGUAACUGUCUUUCCUUCCUUCCAGAGAGAGAUUUAAGGGACACUGUUAACAGCUCAUUCCAGUUUGGAUGUAACCUUCUAUUGGGCCUGUUAAAGGGCCUCCUAUAAGUUUCAUCCAUCACCUGGCUUUCUCCUUAUUGUUUACAGAUGUAGUUCUUGUUCGUGGAUGCCACUGGCUCCUGCCUUGGGUCCCUAGGGCCAGUCCCCAUCACCCUGAGAGGAGGCAGCAGGGUGAGGGCCAGAGCUGGCAGUGGAAACUUGUUCUCUUUUUCACUGACACUGUCACAGAUGAUGACAGACUUCUACUAGGGGUGUCAUCAGGAAGCCCAAAACACUAACAAGCCCUGGAUUCUCAUAUGGUUUUCCAGUUGUAGCUUCAGCCCACGUGGCAGGUCUGCCGUACCCAUGCCACAGGUGACCACACCUAUCCUGCUUUGACUCUCGGCUUUAGGACAAGCUCUGGCAGAUGGACAAGCUAAAGGUCAAAAAUGAUUUUAAACAUUUUACCUCAGAUUAAUUUUUCAAAGGAUUCAGGUUUUAAAACUAAAUCAUUGCUUAUUUCAUUGCACUGUUUGAACUAACACCCAUGUGAUUUUUGUAGUCAGAGACAGCUAUGCAAACGCGACUUGACCAGUUCCUGGUCUGAGCCAGCAUGCCUGGCUUCCCCGUCUCCUGCGUCCUCAGGACAGUCACCUGCUGCUAAGUGGCCACUGUCCUUCCUAAAUGUAGAAAAGUGGAGCGUGGCACCCUCUCAGGGAAGUUCAGGCAAUUACUGAAAUAGGAUGGUGGCAAGGAACAGUUCUACCCAGGUGCCUUAUGAACAAAAACUGGGUUCUGGUUUACAGCAGCUUUAGGGUGAGCGUUCAACUGAGGGGGGAGGGAGGGACAAAAAGGGAAGGGCUCCUGGGCCCUUUCUAGUAAAUCCGUCCCAACAGGGCUGGCUCAGAGCCCCCCAAGCAUCUAAUGGCUUAUUACAAUUAUCCCACAAGGUUUUAGGCUCAUUCUUGAGCCAAAAUGGAAGCUAAGAAUCUGGUACCACAGCUAAUGAGAAAUUUCUUUAAUACCCCCCAGUCAACAUUCUGUUCAGCUGGUUACUGCUUCAUCUGAUGAAGAAUGUGUGUGCAUGUACACACGGGCACACACAAUCUCCAACAUCCAGGGAGGUCCUGCAGUCAAAUCGCCAUCUAUACUUGCCUUUCACAAGUGAUAAAAUUCAUGGGGGGCUGGCUCCUCCCAGAACUUUCAUGCGGAGGCUCAGAAACAAGGCGGGCAGUGACAGAGUAGAGUCAGCUGCUCCUGGGUGCCAGCAGAUCAUUACAGCCACCAGGCUCACCAAAGUGGCUUCUAGG